GGAGGAAAAAGCCUCAUCCUGAUACUCCCCAGUUUUGUUGCGUAGCGCGCCGUCAGCAGCGGAGCUCCUGCUGCACACCGGCUGCAUGUGUGUGUGUGUGAGAGUGUGUGUCGCACCGGACACAGAAAACACUCCGCUGCCGUUAUAACCUGCGUGUGUGUGUGUGAGAGAGUGUGUGUGAGUGUGUGAACUGCACCUGAGGACCGGGAGUGUGUAGAGCCGGUUCCUGGGCGGGGAGCGCGGAGGAGCUGCUCUUUACUUGUUUGUCGGGAAUAUUGUUGGAGUCAAACUUCAGCUGCGGCUCCGAGUCGCUCUCUGCUCCGUGUCCGUGUCCGUGUCCGAGUCAUCAGGAUGUAAAUGUGGGAACUUUUUACCGAAGCACCGCUGACUCACGGGACGAGUUUGAUUUCUGUAACUUUUGGGACGUUUUGAGGAAUAGCAGAGGAAAGAGCUGCACGGAGAGAGAGAGCGCAGAGCUGCGCGUCAUCCUGAGGAGAGGAGACAGAGGAGGUUCAUGUCAUCAGAGUUCAACUGACCUCAACACUGAACAGGAGAGUGAGGCGUUUGAUGUCAUCAGAGAUCAACAGGUGUGAACACUGAACAGACGUGAUGGAGCGGUGGUGGGCGUGGCAGUUUGCCCUGGUCGCCCUGGCAACCAUUUGCCUCAUCCCCUCCGAUGGUAAAGAAACAGAGUUCCUCUCCGACACCCUCAUCAACAACGUGGUGACCGACCCUCGUACGGGCCGGCUGUACGUCGGCGCCGUCAACUCCCUCCACCAGCUGAACCACGACCUGGAGGUGGAGUCCCGCACAGAGACGGGCCCCAAACGGGACAACCGGCUGUGCACGCCGCCCGUCACCGACGCCUGCGAGGAGGCCACGGACACCGACAACCACAACAAGCUGCUGCUGGUCCACGAGGCCAAGGACGUCCUGGUGGUGUGCGGCAGCGUCUACAGAGGAAUCUGCUCCCUGAGGAACCUCAGCAACGUGGAGCAGCUGCUCUACUUCAGCGACACCAAGGGAGAGAAGUCGUACGUGGCGAGCGCCGAGGAGAGCGUCUCCGUGGUGGGAGUGAUGUCCUACUUCACCAAGGACAGAGACAACUUCACCGUCUUCCUGGUCGGUAAAGGUUACGGCAGCCACGACAGCACCAAGCUCAUCUCCACCCGCAUCCUCCAGGACUACGGUGACUGGGUGGUUUUCGACAGCAUCAUCGAGGCGUCGGCGGUGCAGGCCAACCCUUUCGUCCUGCGCUACCUCCACGACUUCCGCUUCUCCUUCAAGGACGGCGGCUUCGUCUACUUCCUGUUCUCUCGGACGCUCGGGGUUCAGGACACCAAGAACUUCACCUUCAUCUCCAGGAUGUGCGAGGAUGAUCAGGGCUAUUACUCGUACACUGAGCUGCAGCUCAACUGCAGCGCCAGCAACAAGUACAACAAAGCUCAGGCUGCUUAUGUAGGAACACCAGGUGAAGUUCUGGCUGAGACGAUGACCAGAUUAGGACAGUAUGGAGCCGUAUCAGCCUCUGACAAGGUUCUGUUUGUCACCUUCACUUCUGAUGAAGACCCGUCUACUUCAGCCAUGUGCAUGUACCCUCUUCAGUCCAUCAAUAAGAGGCUGGUGGAGAUAAUAGGAGCCUGCUACAGCCACAACGGCAUCAUUAACGAGAAGGCUGCCGUCUACUCGCCUUACUCCUCCAAGUCUGAGGAGCUGUGCAGCAGCAGUAAUCAGAAGGACAUGGCGAGGAGAUACAAAUGUGGAGCAGAGUUCCUGCCCUCGCCGCUGGCCAGCAAGGCCGAGUUCGCCUUAACGUCUGAGCCCCAGUUGGCCCGUAAGGGUCACAUGACUGCUGUGGCUGUUGCUGUGGAAAUGGGGCACGCUGUGGCGUUCCUGGGCACCGCCACCGGAGAGGUGCUGAAGGUUCACCUGUCGGCUAACCCUGAGGUGUAUGGGCGAGCGCCGGGCGACGUCACCGGGGACAAGGUCAACAAGAACCUGCUGUUCGAUUCCAGACUCCAACACCUGUACAUCACCACGGAGAAAAAGAUCACGAAGGUUCCAGUCCAGGCCUGCCACCAGAAGACAGACUGCCACUCCUGCGUCUCUAUGAAGGACCCGUACUGUGGCUGGUGUGUCCUGGAGGGAAAGUGCACCAGGAAGAAGGAGUGCAGCAGGUGGAGGGAGGAGAACACCUGGCUGUGGUCGCCCAAUCAGCAGUGUGUUCAGAUCAAGGCCUUCAACCCGCCGAACCUCAGCUGCAAGAAGACUCAGCAGGUGGACAUCAACAUCCCGACCCUCCCCGCACUGACCAUCACGGACAGACUGCAGUGUGAGUUUGGCACUUCUGUCAGCAGAGCCGUGGUGAAUGAAGUCAACGGUCAGGUGCAGGUUACCUGUGCGCUGCCCGACCCCUCGGAGAUCCCGCCCACUCCUGACCAGCAGGACUACGUGUCCGUCCCGGUCAAAGUUCUGGUGAACGACAACAUCUUGGUGACGCGUGGAGAGUAUCACUUCUACAACUGUGCUGCUACAGUCAGGAAGAACCAGAACACACCGUGUAUCGCGUGUGUGACCAGUGAGUGGGGCUGUCAGUGGAACGCUCAGGAUCACAGCUGCAGCGACAACGACGACGUGACGGGAGGAAGUCACAUCAUCAAACCACAACAGCCUGACAGCUGUCCUCAGUUUGAGUCUCCACAGCCGCUCCUGAUCCCCGUGGGUUUCCAAAUCCCCAUCAGCUUCCAGGGGAGGAACCUGGACAACUACAUGGGAAAGAGGUUUUCCAUCGGCACGGAGCUGAUGAAGGACGCAGAGGUGACGGUCCAGCAGGAGCAGGGAUCCAACUUCAGGUUCCCAGGAUAUGAGUUUUCCUACGACAAGCAGCAGGAAGUCAACGUAUCGUUCCACAUCAAAGACAGAGACACCGAGAGGAAGAUUGACAGCACGCUGACAGUGGUGCUGUAUAACUGCUCCGUGGGCAGAGAGGACUGCAGUCUGUGUAAACACGCUGACUCUAAGUACCAGUGUGUUUGGUGCGCAGCGCCACGCAGCUGUGUUUACAGGGAGCUCUGCCCGUCACCACAGCCGGCUCAGUGCCCCGACCCGCAAAUCACUGACAUUGUCCCUCGCUUCGGCCCUCUGAACGGUCGCAUCUCCGUCACCAUCAAAGGCUCCAACAUGGGAAUAAAGAAAGAGGACGUCAAGAAGAUCACAGUGGCCGGAGUGGACUGUGUCCACCAGGCGGACAGAUACUCCGUCUCCACCAGUGUGGUGUGUGAGAUUGGCCCGGCGAGGAGAGUCCCGCCGUCUGACCUCCCGUUUGAACCGUCCAACAGCGGAGCGGUGGAGGUGGAGGUAGACGGAGGGAGGACAGGAAGGUCUCAGGUCUUUUUCACCUAUCGGGACCCCAAACCAGUCUCUGUCCAGCCCGCGAGGGGUCCAGCAGCCGGAGGAACCGUCAUCACCAUCAAAGGAGAAGACCUGGACACGGCCUCUAAAGAGGACGUGUCCGUCAGUGUGGGAGGAGUCCCCUGUGAAGUCCUGGAGUUCGGCGAAGAGAUCACCUGUAAGACCGGGAGGUACCGAGGGCAGAAGGUCCCCUCUGACCCGUUAACGGUGACGGUGAGAUACGGUAAAAACACCACCAAGGACGUGACAGCUGCGUACCAGUACUCCGAAAACCCCAAGAUCACAGAUUACUACCCCAAAGACAGCUUCAUAUGCGGUGGGCGGAGGAUUGUGGUGGAGGGAAGUGGUUUUGAUCUGAUCCAGAAAGCCACGAUGAAAGUCCUGACGUCCACUGACGACGUGUUCACACAGAAGACCCCGUCUGUAGAGUUUUUCCAGGAGUCUCUGAGUAAGAACGGCACUGUCCUCCAGUUUGACUCUCCUGCGGUAAACUGCUGCGCCAACAGCCCGUCUCUGCGGACCGUCCUCCAGCUGGACAACGUGAUGGAGGACCUCAAGGGCUUCAACUACCACCCUGACCCCACCUUCAAUGAGCUCGACAAGAACGUCAUCACUGAGACCAGCAUCAUCAUCGUCACUGGUCGAGGUUUCUCCAAGGCCAUGACAGCCAAAGAGGCGCAGGCUUUUGUUGGAGACGCUUCCUGUCAUGUUAACAUCCUGCAGGAUGAUAAGUUGAUCCUGGAGGCUCCUUCAUCGCAGCCCAAAUCCAGAUCCAAACGCCAGCGCAGAGACACGACCAACGAACCGCUGGACCUGACGGUGAAGUUCGGUCACGGCGAGUGGACGGUGGGUUCAGUCUACUACGCCAGGAAAGACGACAUCCCUCUGGCUAUAAUCAUCCCUGCAGUCAUCGUCCCCAUGCUGCUCUUCAUCAUCGUGUCCGUCUACUGCUACAGGAGGAAGAGUCAGCAGGCGGAGCGAGAGUACGAGAAGGUGAAACACCAGCUGGAGAAUCUGGAGGAGAGCGUCAGAGAUCGCUGCAAGAAAGAGUUCACAGAUCUGAUGAUAGAGAUGGAGGAUCACACCAGCGACCUGAGCGAGGCCCGGAUCCCUUUCCUCGACUACAAAACCUACACCGACCGAAAUUUCUUCCUGCCCUCCAAGGACGGCGCCAACGACACCAUGAUCACAGGGAAAAUACAAAUCCCAGAAGCCCGCAGGGCCAUCGUGGCUCAGGCGCUCAACCAGUUCUCCAACCUGCUCAACAGUAAAACCUUCCUCAUCAACUUCAUCCGCACGUUGGAGAGUCGUCCGGACUUUAACGCCCGGGCUCGUGGUUACUUCGCCUCGCUGCUGACGGUGGCGCUGCACGGUAAACUGGAGUACUACACUGACAUCAUGAGGACGCUGCUGCUGGAGCUGAUGGACGAACACGUGCAGAACAAGAACCCCAAACUCAUGCUCAGGAGGUCGGAGACGGUGGUGGAGAGGAUGCUCUGUAAUUGGAUGUCCAUCUGUCUCUAUCAGUUCCUCAGGGACACAGCAGGAGAGCCUUUAUACAAACUGUUUAAGGCGUUGAAGCAUCAGGUGGAGAAAGGACCAGUGGACGCCAAGAUGAAGAAAGCCAAAUACACACUGAACGACACGGGACUGCUGGGGGACGACGUGGAGUACUCUGUACUGACUCUGCAGGUGUUGGUGCACGGGGAGGGACCAGACGUGACUCCAGUGAAGGUGUUGAACUGUGACACCAUCUCACAGGUGAAAGAGAAGAUCAUCGAUCAGGUGUACAGAAAUCUGCCGUACUCACAGAGGCCGAAGGUGGAGAGUGUUGCUCUGGAGUGGCGCCCCGGCUCCACAGGUCAGAUCCUGUCUGACCUCGACCUCACCUCCCAGAAGGAGGGACGCUGGAAGAGACUCAACACUCUGGCUCAUUACAACGUUCGAGAUAACGCCACGCUGGUUCUGUCCAGAGUUCUGCACACACAGUCUUUCCACCAGCACCAAGACAGCUACGAAGAGAAAAAUGCCCUGCUGGAGGACGACAACACCUUCCACCUGGUGCGGCCGGCGGACGAGAUCGACGAGGUGAAGUCGAAGAGAGGCAGCAUGAAGGACAAGGCCAUGACCAAAGCCAUCACGGAGAUCUACCUGACCAGGCUGCUGUCCGUCAAGGGCACUCUGCAGCAGUUUGUGGACGAUUUCUUCCGCAGUGUUUUGUGCUCGAGCUCCGUCGUCCCUCCUGCAGUCAAAUACUUCUUUGACUUCCUGGACGAGCAGGCGCUGAGACACGACAACGUGGACGAGGAGACGCUGCACAUCUGGAAGACCAACAGCUUGCCUCUGAGGUAUUGGGUGAACAUCCUGAGGAACCCUCACUUCAUCUUCGACGUCCACGUGACGGAGGUGGUGGACGCUUCGCUACACGUCAUCUCUCAGACCUUCAUGGACGCCUGCACCAAGACGGAGCACAAACUCAGCAGAGAGUCUCCCAGCAACAAGCUGCUCUAUGCAAAAGAGAUUUCCACGUACAAGAAGAUGGUGGACGAUUACUACAAAGGCAUCAGACAGAUGGUUCCAGUCAGUGACCAGGACAUGAACACACACCUUGCUGAGGUGUCCAGGCAACACACAGACAAACUGAACACCCAGUUGGCCUUACAUCAGCUGUACCAGUACGCCAGCAAGUACUACGAUGUGAUCAUCCAGUCGCUGGACGAGGACCCCGCAGCCCAGAAUAAGCAGCUUACUCUCCGCCUCCAACAGAUCGCCGCCGCCCUGGAGAACAAGGUCACUGAUCUUUGACCCCUGACCUCGCGGUGGGGUCGGGGGGACGAGCUAACGGCUACUAAAACACAGGAUGUUGUUUUGCAUUUAAGGACUCAAAGGAGGACGAGCUCGCGGACUCUACCGAAUGUUUGAUCAUGUAAGGACUGAAGUGGGAGGGGCUAGUGGAGCCACAGGAAGCUGUUGACCAUAUAGGGACUGAAGGGGGAGGAGUUAUGGGACUCCAGGGGGGAGAGGAGCAGAGAUUUUGGACAAAGUGCUAGAAUAUGCUCAGAGUGGUGGAAACAGAAUCGCUGAUGUCUGCUUAAGUUGUAUGGCGUAUUUCCACUUGGCGUCCCAAAACAAAUACCACAGAGGGAUGCAAAAUGGCGACUGUAAUAUGGCUGCAGAUGGGAGCUGUGUGAAAUCAAAGGGUUAUUUUUUUAAAAGGCGUUCGGUACGUGUGAUCUCGGAGCAUUUUUGUGUUUGGCUUCUCUAUACCACAAAUUUUAUUUUGCCGUAGAGGAAGUGAAGAAGAAAAAGUGCCGCACAAGGAAUGAAGAUUUCUGGAUGAUUGAAGAAUCGAAGUGAAGUAAUGAGACAUUACCAAAUAUUUUAUUUUUGCCCUUUUUGGAAGUUGGCAGUGGAAGUUCAGCUGCUCCAGGACGCUUUGUGACCACUUCUCCUUCAUUGUAUUACAUGAGAGUCUAUGAACUGUGGAUGGGAGGUGGAUCAGUCUGAUCUGAGGUCAGAUUUUCUGUCUCUAAAUACAGGAACCAGAAAAUCUGGUCUCUUGUCAGCAACAGAUUUUGGUUUUCAUCCUAAACGCUCUGAUGAACUUUCUUUUACCUUAAAGCGAGCUCAAAUAAAAGUAAUCGACCAAUGAAAACCCACUACGGUACACACCACUGGCCAAUCGGGUCUUGGUUUGACCUGAAGGCACAGCUGAGGAAAGUGAAUUCAGGGUAUGACGUCCAAAAAUCAAACCAUAACAUCAUCUUUCCUUCUGUCAUGGCAAAAUGUUGUUUUCAUAUCAGAGUAUGUGUUUCUAUGCUGAUGACACUGUGCUGUUGACUCGAGUCGCAGCUGAAUAAUUUGCUCUGUUUAGUUUUAAUAUUAUUCUUUGUUUGCAGGCUUUAAGCAGAGGCUUCGCAUUUCCAUAUACAACAUGAAAAUGAUCUUUUUAAUGGACUGAUACGGUGCCGCUUUGUUUUUUCUUUUGUAAAGUGUUGAUCAGGGUGGUCCAUGAUGUCAUAUCCUGUGAGUAAGAGUGUGUGUGAGAGUGUGUGUUCAGUAGUUAUAUCAACACCGUUGCCACUUUGUUGCCGAGGACCAGCUUGUUUUUACUUUAUGUGAAAAAUCAUGACUGCCUAAUCAUGUGGUUGAAACACUUUUAUUUUUUUAAGUGUGAUUCGUUGUUAUAAUUUGUACGAUUUAACUUCUUUUGCAAAACUUCUUUCAUAUAUGAUGCUGCGUUUUUCUUUUCUGCACACGUAAGAAGUGUCUUCUGAAGACAGGGUAUCCAUGGAUCCUUCAAAACGGCUUAAAGUAAAUCUAGAAGUUAAGGUGGAGCUGUAAGAUGACUAAAAAUAUGCAUCCAGGACACAGUUUGGUUUUAAUUUGCUUGAUUUCACCUGGGUGAUGCAGUCGCUAUCUGUGCUGCUUUCCAGGAAGUCUAAGGUACGAACAUUUAAAACACACAGUCAAAAAUUAUGAAAUUAAACACACUCCUCCACCUUAUUCUGUGGAAGAUUUAAAAUGCAGAAAAACAAAUCAAAGAAAUCAAAUACCAAUAUCAUAUAUAUUUCCUUUUUAUAGAUGCAUUUAGCGUGUAAUAAUUAAAUGAAAGCAUGUUUAGAAAAACAACAAUAAUGUUGCUUUAUUAUCUAAUAACUGAAUUGUUUUUUACGGUGCCUUGAAUUUUCAACACGUUCUUAUCCCAACUUCUGAAAUACCCCCGCUUUGUCAGUGGACCUACGUGUCAAAAUAUAACGUGCUAGGUAGCCUCCUGUGUCAGUUUAGGACACUCAUGGACGACGUGUCAAUUUACGCUUGUUGCAUGUAUUGUGUCACUUCAAAAUACACGUCCGUUUUCAGAGGAUAUGUAGUGUCUGCUCAUUAAAUGCCUAGUGUUUUUCAAAAUAAAAAAACGUAGGUAAACACAUUUUUGGGUUUAUUACUUAGGUUAACACAACAAAAGCAUAUGAUUAGGUUUAGAAAAACAUUAUGGUUUGGCUUAAAAUAAGUAUGUUCCAAUGUGAUGUGACAUUGCAAGACAGAUGUCAUAUGACAUAUGUUACCAGCAUAGCAUGCUACACAUACUAGCAAACUAUGCUGGUAUUACAGUAACUCCAUUGACUUUGGGUUUCACACGGGAAAGGAACAGCACUCUCCUGAGUGAAAGUCCAGAGUUUGUUUGACCCAUCCACGUCACCGCCCCCCCAUAGGGACUUUCUCGCUCUUUAUACUAUGGUAGUUGCUGAUGGCGUUACAAAUUGCUGCUGCCCGUUGCGUAUCAAACCGCCAUGAAGGCUGCCGCUGUGCCUCUGUGUCUGACAACAAGAUCUACUGAUAAAGCGGCGAUACUUGAAGAGCUGGGAGUGAGAACUGGCUGAAAUUUUCCAUGUCAUGUCCAAUUAAAGUGACUGUAUUUUCUUAAUUGUUUGAUUGUAAUAUGUGAAAAAUCACGUCACAAUACAAAAACAAUUCAGUUAUACUGCAAAUACACUAAAUGCUUGUCCCUUUAACAUUUUUAAAUUGAAUUAUGACACAUUUAUGACAUAUUUAAAAAGGAAAUCCAUCUUAAUGUGUGUAUUUCACUUUAUUUCCUUGAUUUGUUUCUAUUGGGGCAUUUUAUAUCUUCCAUAUUAUCCAACAUAGAAAUACCAAAACAACACACACGGCUGUCUUGUUCCUUUCAUCCUUUCAUUCUACACAAACAUGAUAAAAACAGUUUGUGCAAAUAAUUGUUACGCAGCACCUGCAAAGACUUUAUGUGCCUCCUGAUGAUUGCUUCCUCCUUAUUCUGCACAUUAAAUGUUUCAUAAUGUUCAUAAUGAAAAAUAAGCUGGUUCAGUUUUAUUUCUGGCUCAAACUAACCUGCACCGAACCUGUCGAAGAACAUCUGCGUCUGUGUCAAACUGCAUCUGUGUCAAGGAGUCGAUAUGUUCAAGAAUCUUUUUUUUUAUUGAAUUCAUGAAGCAGAUUUGGGGAAAAUACGUUUAUGUCGGCUGUUAAUUAGAGAAAUAUGGAAGAAGAUUGAAAACAUAAACCAUAUGAUCAUUUAUAUGAACAGCCGCUCUUUGAGUGAGUGAGUUGUGGUUCCUCUAAAAAGUUAUUAGAUCUGCAGCAGUCGUUGGGUUUAAGUGCCGUUUAAGCCGCUGAAGUGUAAAUUAACUCAUUUAUCUUCUAUGCUACGUAUUUAUCAUCGUCACCGUAGAAUCAUUACAUAUAUUUAUAUAUAUAUAUAUGCAUUAUUCUUUGCCUUCUGAGCCCAGACGACGUGCUUUAUGUAGUGCUUGAGUUAAUAUCAAAGAUUAAAUAUGCUGUUUGUAAGUUAAAUGAUGAAGCCCCAUCGCCUUCUGGGAAACACAGAUUUCUGCGAACAGAGUUUUUAGUUUCGGGUUUUUUCCCACUGAAGCUGGAUUAAUUGAUGAUUUACAAACUGCAUCUUUAAAUUCUGAAGCAAUACGACCUUCAGGCUGGUGCUGCAUCUUUGUACUCAUGAGUUCGGCACCACAUGACCUCCAGAUACAAAGACUGAAAUAAACAGCUUCUUUUUUGUCUUCUUCACUUCUCAUAAGCUUUCUCCGAGGCGUUUGUCUCUCAGAAAUGUGUUCAUGAAAAAAACUCUGGUGCCAAAUAACUUCUAGAAACUAUCUUGUGUUGUUGUAGUGUGUGUAAUUUCCAAGGCUUGGGCUGUCGUCUGACUUGUUUGAUGAGUGUAGACAGAAAUGUGGGGAACAAACUUGUAUUAAAUAAUCUGCUGGUACUUUUUAUAAAAACAAACUGUUGAAAUGUGAAACUUUUUUUGGAGGUUGUUUUCAGUGCCCGAUGAAGACCUGUCACCAAAUUUCACCAGCUUUUCAAAGCAAAGUGCCACAUUUGUUGUUUAGAUCUUUGAAUCAGAGUUCAAACUGUACUCACUCUACAAAUAUAGUUUAUUGUUGUAAAAUAUGACACAUCUGAUUCACGUCAACAACAAGUCUAUAGCUAUUCCUCCACCAACACUUGCUUCUUUCUGCCUUCUUUUUGCCACCAGCGAGUGCCUUAAAGAGUCCUGGAAGUAGAGUUGGAAGUAAAAGCCAAAAGAAGGUGUCUGUCGGCACAAACAGGAGGUGUACUGCAUGUUUGUGGGUCUAAACUGCAAGGAAAAUGGGGGCUGGUACAAAGAACUUUAGAGGACAAAGUUGGUACUGUCAAAUGAUUUUAAAACUUGUACACAAUAACAAAAAAUUAGACCAUCAUUUUAUCACGAUCAAACCGUGUUGUUCAGAGUUAUACUUUCCAAAAGUCAGAGAAUUUGUUAAAAUCCAAACCCACUAGAUUCAUGUUGUCAGAAACCAUUCAAUAAGCUUCACUUCAGUGUCAGGUGUAUAUUAAAAAUAUGACUAACAAAUUAAGUGCAGGUGAGACAUGAAAAAUUCAGGUUGCACCAACUGUUCAUAAAUUCAGGUUUAGCUAAGUUAUAACGAAAGGUUUUAUGAACUUCAGUUUGUGUGUUGUGUUCUGUUUGCAUUAAAAUCAAAGUCAGUGUCCGGGAUGAGCAAGUACACCAUUAUCUGUAUCUGUUUAACCAACUGAAUGAUCUGUAUCCAUAAAUAUGCUCGGAGUGGGCGGAGUUUGAACCGGAAGUUAUUUUAGGUUUGAAAUUGAUUGCCGUAUUUAUUAUUUAUCAGAAAACUUUACAGAACAAUGUCAGGAUCAGUUCACUAGCUACGACAUUUCUUAAUUUUGAUUAACUGAUUAAAACUUAAUUUUUAAUCAGUGAAUACUUUUUUUUAUGGUGCAACCUGAUUUAGUAAAUUACUAGAAACUAACGAGUAAUAAUUACACAGGGCUUUACGUUAAAGAAGUAAUGGAUUUAUGAAAAGCUGGUGUAACCCAAUCCUGCCAGCUAACCUCUGUUAUGCUAACUUCUGUAACUCAUUCGUUUUAAUCACAAGAAACAUAUUUUUUCUGUUUUUCUGAAAAGCCAAAGCGUGAAUGAAACUUCUGUCCAGAUUCAUCAACAAUUAGUAAAGUUACAGAGCAGGUGGUUAGCCUGGAUUAACUUAAAGACUGGAAGUAAAGGGAAACAGCAGCCUGGGUCUGUUCUAAGUUUGAAAAUACAGUAUGUCUACAAACUGUUUUAAAGCUCAUGAAUCAUACUUGUUUGAUUUUAAUAUUCUUAGAUAAGUUAAUCACCUUCUGGCUGUUAGCUAGCAUAUUUAACAGAACUCUGCAUCUUCAGUUUACCAAUGACGAAAACACUAGUGGUACGAAUGCACCCAAAAUGUUGUGAACAUGACAUUAGCUGUUAGCAACUGCCACAAGGUGUUGAAUGCUAACAAAUUAUCUUAAACUUUGAGUGAAGUUUCAUCCUUUUACUGUCCUGUACAGUAGUCUUUAUAUCCAUUUAUUUUACAGUCAUGGAUAGAAAAUUACAGAAACCCGUUAGCUUGGAGAACCAUUUGAGUUACAGAUGCUAACGCAAAAUUAACUAAAUAUGGAGGCAGGCUAGCAAGACUGGUUUUUCGAUAGCCAAAUUUAAAACCCUAAAUGGUGGAUAAUUGUUGCCUUGCUUACCAAAAACUGCAGUUAUUCAUGUUGCCACAUACUUUGUCAUUUCAUGCAGACAAUUAUUUAACAAUUUAGCAAUUAGCGCACUCCUAAAUAACAGAAAAUAAAACACAAGUGAAAGAAAAUGUAGAAUGAUGCCUUUCAUCUCGUCUGAUCGUCUUUUUAAGAAAAUGCUGAGAUUCCACAGAAACAUUUUGGAUCAUUUCAAUUACAAACCAUUUACGCAACAUACUGGAUUGUGAAUCAUAAAUGUUGAACAUUUGUUUGGCACAAAACGUGUGAAUAGUGUUGGUUUAACUGAAACACAGCUACAUUAUCUGUGUGUUCCCCAUGCUCCAGAACAGUUUGGUAAAUAUCAGAAGGACGUGACCUGAAUAUGCAUGUUUGAUAGAGUGUUUUUCAGAGGUACAGGAGAACAUUCAUGUGUAAUGACUGGAUGAGGGAUCAGCACAGGGAACUGAGCCUUCGCUGUAAGUAGAUACAUUCGUCUGGUAUUUGAGGAUCUGUGUGUUUUAAUGAUGUAAAACUGAAGCGUAUUUGAAAAAUGUUGUUUUACGAGGCACAGUCGACACGUUUUGAGAGGUUUUGAAUGUUCAACAGAAACUGGGCCCACUGGUACUGAUGUUUUUACCGACAUCACGAGGGUUAAAUGUGUUUAUACCAUUGUAUAACAGUUUGUAUAUCAAAUACAACUUUCCCAUUGUUUAUUCUUGUAACAUCGUUGUAGGAGACGAAUGGUUUUGGAUGGACUGGACUUUUGAGACAGACAGAAACAGCACUACCAGUAACCAGGAACCAGCUGGUCUUUACUGGUCUGGAGCCCAAAUCGGUGACUCUUCUGAAGAAGUGGAGAAGUGGGCAGAAAAUCCAGAUCUAGGAAGUCCAAAUAUCCAAUAAAAGAUGUUUAU